AGCUGAGUCUCUGGCCGACAUCCACAUCCGUCUGUCCGGAUCCGUGAAGAAUCGUCCGCCGCCGAGCCCAAAGCCGCGGGUGACCUUGCGGGUGACCUUGGAGUGAAAGCCUUCUCCAGGUGGUCCAACCCAAGCCCAAGCCCAGUAUGAGCAAAAGGGAAGCGCUCGUCGGGGGUCCGGCCCCCACCGUGGCCCCCGAGGUCAGCUCCAACAGCACGGCGGAAGGCGCCCCAGGCUCGGGCGGGCCUAAGGACGAGGCCUUCUCCAAGAUCAAAGACAAGUUCAUGAACGAGCUCAACAAGAUCCCACUGCCGUCAUGGGCCAUUGUGGCUAUUGCGUUUGUGGCGGUGGUGCUGGUGCUGUCCUGCUGUUUCUGCGUUUGCAAAAAGUGGAUUUUCAAAAAGAAGAAGGGCAAGAAGGGCAAAGACAAGGGCAAGAAUGCCAUCAACAUGAAAGAUGUCAUAGACGGUGCGAAAACCGAGGCCUUUAAGGAUGAGGAUGAUGCUGAGACAGGGCUGACGGAUACGGAGAAAGAGGCCGAGCCCAAGGAGGAGGAGAAACUGGGCAAAUUGCAAUACUCCUUGGAUUACAAUUUCACAGAGAAUACGCUCAUAGUAGGCAUCAUUCAGGCCGCCGAACUGCCCGCCAUGGAUAUGGGGGGCACGUCAGACCCCUACGUCAAGGUCUACCUGAUGCCCGACAAGAAGAAGAAGUUUGAGACCAAGGUGCACAGGAAGACGCUGAACCCCACGUUUAAUGAGCAGUUCACCUUCAAGGUUCCCUACACUGAGCUGGGUGGAAAGACGCUGAUACUGACGGUCUACGACUUUGACCGCUUCUCCAAGCAUGACGCCAUUGGAGACGUGAAGGUGCCCAUGAACAAGGUGGACUUCAGCCACGUAACGGAGGAGUGGAGGGACCUCCAGAAGGCUGAGAAAGAAGAGCAAGAGAAGCUGGGAGACAUCUGCUUCUCUCUGCGCUACGUGCCCACCGCCGGCAAGCUGACUGUCGUCGUCCUGGAAGCCAAGAACCUGAAGAAGAUGGACGUGGGAGGCUUGUCAGAUCCUUACGUGAAAAUCCACCUGAUGCAGAAUGGGAAGAGGCUGAAGAAGAAGAAGACGACAAUCAAGAAGAACACCCUCAACCCUUACUACAACGAGUCCUUCAGCUUCGAAGUGCCGUUCGAACAAAUCCAGAAAGUUCAAGUUGUGAUAACCGUUCUGGACUAUGACAAGAUCGGUAAGAACGACGCCAUCGGCAAGGUCUUUGUUGGCCUCAACAGCUCGGGCACGGAGCUUCGCCAUUGGUCAGAUAUGCUGGCCAAUCCACGAAGACCCAUCGCCCAGUGGCACGUCCUUAAACCUGAGGAGGAAGUGGACGCCCAACUGUCCUCCAAGAAAUAAGAGUUCUGGUGGUGUAUGUAAGGGGUGGCACACCCAAUAUGUAGUGCUCUAUAGCCAGUGUGUAUGUAAAUACCUCAGUGAUAUAAGGGUCCAUUCACUGUCAUCCGCCAUUUAUUAAUCGUCUUACGGAAAGUUAAUAACGAAAAAAAAAAUGUCACCUUCUUUUAUAAUUGUUGAUAGUUCGUUCACCCCGCCACCUCCCAUGAUCCCCUCUGGGGUUUGUGUUUCUCUGUCAGGUUCCCCUCAAAAUUAA